GUCCAGUCAUUCAUGUAUUGUUGUGUUGAGCUGAAGAAGUGCUGAUUCACUGAAGUGUCACUCAAUUGAAUCCAUAAUUUCUUUGCAUUCAACUCACAUUUAGCCGAUUAAUUGAAGUGAAAAGAUGGCCCGGCGAUAUGACUCGCGAACCACUAUUUUCUCACCCGAAGGACGUCUGUAUCAAGUGGAGUACGCCAUGGAAGCGAUCGGACACGCGGGCACUUGUCUGGGGAUACUGUCCAACGAUGGCAUCGUUUUGGCGGCUGAGAAGAGGAACACAAACAAACUGUUGGAUGAGAUCUUCAACUCGGAAAAGAUCUACAAAUUACACGAGUAUUACGACACCAAUUGUUGGUUGUGUGACAUAAAGCAGGCCUACACUCAAUACGGAGGCAAACGGCCGUUCGGAGUGUCCAUCCUCUACAUGGGAUGGGAUAAGCACUACGGCUUCCAACUCUAUCAGUCGGAUCCGAGCGGUAAUUACGGCGGAUGGAAGGCCACGUGCAUCGGCAACAACAGCGCGGCCGCCAUUUCGGUACUCAAACAGGAGUACAAAGACGGAGAGACCAGUCUUAAGGACGCGUUGGCCCUAACCGUCAAAGUGUUGAGCAAAACACUGGACACCACUAAACUCACUGCAGAUAAAUUGGAGAUGUCGACCCUCACCCGAGACAACAACAAAACCAAAAUCCGAAUUCUGCCCCAGAAUGAGGUGACGGCUCUCAUCGAGGCCUUCGAGAAGGAGGAACAGGAGAAGGCAGAGGCCGCCAAACGCGAGAAGGAGAGGGAAAAGGCGGUCAAGAGUUAGACAAACGGAGACUUUAACUGAUUUUCUAUUUUAUUAAUUUUAUCGCUCAAUAAACACAUGAAAAUCCAAACAA